UGCUGGCUUCGCAGGCGUUAAGGUCUGGCCGAAAAAUUAAAAUGUUUAACCGGUGUCUAAUCUUAGUGCUCCUGCUGGUGGCACCUGCCACUCUGGCGGCCUACUUCGAUGGUUGUGAUAACAGCUACACUUUGCAACCGGGAACCACUUACGUGGAGUCACCUUACUAUCCGAGGAAUUAUCCUGGCGGCACCUCCUGCCGUUACAAGUUCACCGCUCCCCAGGACUACUAUAUUCAAGUGCAAUGCACCAUCGGCCUGCCUUCGAAUAAUGGUGCCUGCACUACGGAUAAUUUCUGGCUGGACUCGGAGGGAGAUCUUCUGAUGCGUGGCGCUGAGAAUUUCUGCGGUUCGGGGUCCUUUUCGCGGGAGUCCUUGUUCCGGGAAGUGGUUUUCGCUUACAUAUCUACGGGCCCGCAGGGGGGUAACUUCAGGUGCGUCUUGACCACCACCAAACAGAGCUGCAAUUGUGGAUGGUCGGCCACUCAGAGGAUAGCCAAUGGUGAGAAUGCUGGACAAAACGAAUUUCCCAGCAUGGUGGCUCUAAAGGAUGUGACCAAGAUAUACGAGAAGUCCUUUUGUGGGGGAACCAUAGUGGCUCAUCGUUAUAUAGUAACAGCUGCUCAUUGCGUUUAUCAAAUCUCACAACCCACAAAUAUUGUUGCCAUUGUGGGCACAAACAAUUUGGACAGUCCUUCCAGUUCCAGGUACUAUCAGCAGUAUAAUAUCCAACAGGUGAUAAUCCAUGAGCAGUAUAAUCCGGAUGUUAACAACGAUAUUGCCAUUUUGGUAACAGCCUCCGAUAUAAUGUGGUCCCGUGGUGUAGGUCCUGCCUGCCUGCCGCCAGUGGGAACAACGCAAACCUUUUCCUAUGACACCGUGGACGUGAUUGGCUUUGGUACCACAUUCUUCUCAGGACCCCUGUCCAAUGGCCUUCAGAAGAUCAAUCUGAUGGUGGUGAACAAUCAGGACUGCCAGACCGAAUAUUAUGAUGUGAAUAUAUAUCCUAGUCAGAUGUGCACCUAUGAUUAUUCGGGCCAUAGUCGAGACUCCUGUCAGUAUGAUUCCGGUGGCCCAGUUAUCCUGCGCAAGGCCAGGCAGUUCCUGUUGGGAAUCGUUAGUUUUGGCAAGAGUUGUGCGGCAUCGGCAUAUCCCAUGGGUGUUAAUACCAGGGUUACUUCUUAUGUUAGUUGGAUUCGUCAAAAGAUCGGUAACUCCAAUUGUGUGGUUAGCUUGUAAAUGGAAAUAAAUUGGAUUUGAUUUGGAUUUGAUUGGAA